AUGGCGGACUUCGUUACAAACUGGUUAACGCGGCAUUGCGACUACGACCCGUCGACGGACAUACCUGAUCAGACUGGCAGGGUAUUCGUGAUUACAGGCGGCCACUCAGGCAUAGGAUACGAGUGCACUAAGCAGCUCCUCGCCCACGGCGCGACCGUGUACAUGACUGGUCGCUCACCUGCUCAAGCUGCGGCGGCGAUAGAACAACUGGAAGAAGAACUGCCACACAUCUACGGCCGUGGGCGCGUACGCUUUCUGAAGGUAGAUAUGAGCAAUAUACACGACGUGCAACGUGCAGCAGAGUCUUUCAUGGCUCGGGUGAGCCGCCUCGAUGUACUUGUGCACAACGAAGGACGUGCGCCUGAUCAGUAUGAGAUGUCAAAGGAGGGUGUGGAGUUGAGCAUUGCUGUAAACCAUCUUGGGAUCGCGGUGCUGACUGAUACGCUCAUGCCGCUUCUCAAAGAGACGGCUUCUCGAUCAAACACCGACGUUCGCGUUGUAGUUGUCUCGUCCCGAGCGCACAUGUGCAGGCCCCGUAAAUGCAUGCUGAGCAACCUUGAAGAGUGGAAUCAGUACGGCGGGGCACGUGGAGAUAGCACAGUGGCCCGACAGUCUCGGUUCGGAAUGACACGCUACAUGAACUUGCUUUGGGUGCAGCAACUGCAGAAGGUUCUCGACGCGCAAGGCAUACCCGUCACUGCACUUGCUCUGCACCCCGGUCCAAGCAUUGUGACGUCCUUCAGUACGAGCCACCAACUACCGAACUGGAUCAGCCACUCGAUGAAGGCCGCGGGCCUAUCCGCCGACAAAGCAUCAUACACGACCUUAUUUGCGGCGACAAGUCCAGAUGUGAGAUGCCAGAGAGAGACAUACAAGGGAGGGUAUUUGGAGCCUUUUGGAAAGCCGAGGCAGCCUCGAGUGAAGGAUGCUGGCGACACAGAAAGAGCGGAGGCACUCUGGCGCGCGACUGAGAAAGUGAUGAUGGAGAUCCUGUCAAGGCCGCCUGAUGGCUGGCAGAUGCUGUAG